AUGAAUUUCACUCGAAAAAUUCAAUAUUCAUCGGUACCUCAAUUCCGAGAAUCCCUCGGCGCACCGUACCCUCGUCGACUUGGUUCAAUCACCAAGGGUCAUCCCCACUUGGGCCUGACCAAUCGAACGUUUCGGGCCUUCCUCUCCCCCAGCAACUCCAACCCCUACUGCGCACUCGGAGGGAUAUAUUUAUACCUCCCGAUCCUCCGACGUUGUCAGUUGCAAUCGGACACUCUUGAGGGUAACAUUUUACUGAGGACGCUAUCCGGAUUGUCUCAGUCGAAAUCCACAUUUCAUCAGCCAAACGACGAAUAUUUCUGCCGCUGGGAUAGCAUCGCAGUUUACGGGCAGUUGUAUUCGUCGAUCAGCGAAAUUUCACUUGAGAAUAUUUCCCGAAAACUCAACGAAGCCAUCAUGAUAAGUAACAACGAAAAAAUCUACGCUCGUGGAUUCAAUCGUUACCACUACGCUGAUUAUCACCACCGAACCCCACCCGUACAUUACGAUCACAUGGCGCCAGGAAGUGGCCAUUCUUACUACGAGUCUCCUAGAAACUCACAAUGGGACAACAGCUACUUCAGCUACAUGAGUAGCAGCCCCCCGAGGAAAGCGUCUCCACCAGUCAGCCGCAAUGUCCACUGGCAGAAUCAACUGUCCCACGGAAGUGUUGAUUCUCUAAUAACCUCCAUCUACCACUCCAUCGAUCACUUAGACAUCCAGACAGAGGCAGACCUCCAAAAAAUGCUGUGCAAGAUCGAGGCAAUGCUGGAGAGAGAAUUGGGCCCGCUUGAUUAUUUCAGGCCUCGAGGACGUGCCACUCCCCCAGGUAUGUUCGACGAGUCGCACCUCCAGCUCCAUCGACUCCUCUCACCCCCAAGGGGAAGGCCAAUACCGGGGAGUCUCUUCGCUGUUGUUGUCCAGAAGUUCAGGGAUCAGUUCUCAUCAAUCCCUCAACCUUUGCACCAAUCCAUCAUCGAGUUUGGUAAUAAUGGAGAGCGCGAGGACAACUUGUGUCGCCCUUGGGGCAUCACUUGCGAUAGAGACGGAUACGUGAUCGUCGCUGACAGAUCCAACAACAGAAUCCAGAUCUACCGUGAGGAUGGCACAUUCGUCAGGAGAUUUGGCAGUCUCGGCACUGGGCCUGGACAGUUCGAUCGACCCGCUGGUGUAGCUGUCGACGAGAGGAGGAGGAUCAUCGUGGCUGACAAGGACAACCACAGGAUCCAGGUGUUCACGAUGGACGGACACUUCAUAUUGGCUUUUGGUGAGAAGGGCUCGCGCCUCGGCCAGUUCAACUACCCCUGGGACGUUGCCACCAACAGUGCAUGCCAGAUUGCUGUGUCAGACACACGCAAUCAUCGAGUCCAACUGUUCAGUCCAGAGGGCAUUUUCCUUCGCAAAUAUGGAUAUGAGGGAGCAGGCAAUAUGCUGAAGCAUUUUGAUUCACCACGAGGUGUUGCAUUCAAUCCUGAUGGCGACCUGGUUGUGACUGACUUCAACAAUCAUCGGCUUGUAAUCAUCAAACCUGACUUCGUCACCGCCAAGGUACUGGAGUGUGACAAGAAGGAUACACAUAGAUCAUUCUUGAGGCCCCAAGGGCUUGUUGUGGAUGACAAGGGGAACAUCAUUGUUGGUGAUUCGAAAAAGUACAGGAUCCAGGUUCUAGAUGCUGCUGGCAAUCUCCAGUGGACAUUCGGGACCUUUGGCACAGGCCCUGGGGAGAUGGACAGACCGUCGGGGGUUGCGCUUACCACCAGUGGCAGAAUUGCCGUUGUGGAUUUUGGAAAUAACCGGGUUUUGAUCAUCUAAAAUUUGGCGUUUCGAGGCUUUCGAGUGUUUGACGAUCGAGAAGAGUAGUAUUUUUUUUUUGAAUCGCUCAAAGAGGUUUUGAGAUUGGAUAUGUACCCUUUAUUUUAUGUAGUAUCGUAAUCGUAUCGGUUUAUGACAUCGUAAUAAUUUUGUAUUUGGUUGUGAUGAGGACUUGCAAUAAUCUUAUUCAGCAGUGAAGCUGGCAAACGGUUCAAAUAGAAUGUCUCCAAAUCUAAGGGGGGUGGCAAAAUUUUCGUCAUGACGAAAACUGGCCAAUAGUCAAAAUUGAUUUGACUCGGUUUACCGCUUCGCUGCUGCAUUUGUUAUAUGAUAAAUGCGCCAGGGAGAAAUAACUAUCAGUUGUAGACUGAGCAUAGAUUAAGUGGAACAUUAAAUGUUGUUCUUCGCUCCAAGCAAAAGUUUAGUUACCAGUCAAUUUUCAAAAAUUGAUUGGUUGAAUCGUUCAAAAAUUUCUUGAGAUUUGGUAUGCUCCCUGUAUUUUAUGAAGCAUGACAAUCGUAUUUUUUAUAUGAAAAAAACAGUGAGAAAGAACUGUCAAUUGUAGACUAAUCGUAGAUUAAGUGAAACAUUAAAUAAUGUUCUUCGCUCCAAGCAAAACUAAAAUAUGAAUUUCUAUGGGGAAAUUGAUUGAUUGAAUCGUUCAAAGAUGCUUUGAGAUUUGGUAUGUUCCCUGUAUUUUAUGAAGCAUGACAUUCUAAUAAUUCUGUAUUUGGUUGCGAUCAGAGCUUGCAACAAUCUUAUUUCUUUUUCUUACAUGAAAAAUACAAGAGGGAGAAAGAACUCAGAUGUGGACUGAGCACAGCUUAUGUGGACCAUUAAAUAACGUUCUUCCCUCUAAGAAAAAUGAAAAUAUGAAUGUUCAUGGAAAAAUGAUUGAUUCUCUACGAAUUUGUAUACCGAAUAUUGAAUAAAAUAACUUUAAUA